AUGCCUCUGCUUCGAACCUUUCACCGCAGUCACUCGUUGUCGGACGCGGACAAGGCAUACCGACGGGCCGCUCGUGAGCUGCGCGACUUUCAUCGAGCUCGUUCACUGGAUGUCAUUCUGGAGGAAGCCCAUGACCACGAUGACGACCCCAGUCACCACAGUCAUCAAGGAAUGCUCCAAAAGAAGCGAGCGUGUUUGUGUCUAGCCGAUUUGGUCGUUGAGGAUGAUGUCGAUGGCAGCGAACACAGUGCUCCCGAGGAGCACACCAAGGAAUCCGGUUCGGGCGGUAACAACACAUGGGGCCAUUUCACGGCAGAUUCUCCGGCUGUCGCAACCGAGCAGGAGCAUCAUCAUCAUGACUCGUCUAGCCGCGUGUACCCCGCUUCCAUCACAUUCAAGGGACGAAUCAUGCGGCCAUUUGGACGGUCUUGA